AUGCAGGAAGAGGGACGGGUGGUUUGUCGACCAUUCAAGAAACCAAUCCCAAAUCAAAGACAAGGCUUUGAAGCUUGGAAUCAUGGCUAUUAUAACGUCAAUAAUAUCAACCAUACUAGACCUCCUUCAUUCUCAGUAACUACACCACAUAUGGUUCAUCCCAAUCAAAGUGCAACUUUUCAUCAGCCUUUUGGGUCGGAUUCGGACCUCAUUUCAAACCAUACGUUUUUGGACAAUAAUAGCCAGCUUGUUGAACUCCCAGAACUAGAUAGUCCUAGUACACUAUCACCAAGUUUUGCAACAAAAGAAGGGAAUUUCCACCGGACCAAUGAAGAUUACGAUGAAGAAAGGAGCAAUAAUAGCACCCAAUAUAUCGACUGGAAAAAUUUGGACACCUUACUUGCAUCACAAGUGAAUGAUUCAAGUACUUCAUAUCCCCUUCAAGGUUUGCCAUCUAUUCCGCAAAACUAUGACCUAGCAGCUGGCCAGCAAGAUAUGUAA